AUGGCUCAAAAUAUGGAUGAAGGCGAGGUCUUCAAAAUUGAAGAUCUGAAGCGGGGAUCGGAUUACCUGAAUACGGACUCGUUGAAUUCCCAAGCAAUUGGAUUUCUCCACUCUCAACAUAUGCGAGCCACCAGGAAAGUAGUUGAUUUCGACUUACAUGCUGUUUUCUUGAUGCAAGAGUUCGGGAGGUCCAAUUCUAUCCAGAAGAUUGUCAGGAUGAUCCGAAAGACAUAUGAUGAAGAUUUUCCACCCAAAACAACCUUACAAAGUCAGUUGGUUGGUGCUGCAAAAUUGGUUGAACAUCGGAUGCAAGUUUACCACAAAAAUCAACAAGCCAAUCCAACUGUAAAAAAGCCGUUCUGUCUCCGAUAUCCCACCUACAUCGAUGUAAUCAAGCACUCAAUUUCCUCUGAGGAUAAGUGUGAGGUCCUACCUGGUGACGUAAUGGUCAUUCUUAUUGAUGAGGGGGGAAUAUGUAUUGGGGUAGGCCUCCCUCCAAAGCCGCAAUCAACAAAGAGCUUGCAUGUCCCUCGUGAUGUUAGGGCCAGGGAGCGAUUGGAUUGA